AGGAAUGCUCCCUAGCCCGACUCUGCGGGGGUCGUUUACAUGCUGUCACUGCCUGUGCGCUGACUCCUGGGCGUGCAGUUCUCUGGCUUGCUAGCUCACUCUCUCUGGACGCCUGCAGACGCUCAAAGCCCGCAGGAGCCCCGGGAACCCGAAAGCGGGAGAGCCUGCGAGCGAGUGGGGGAGGAGGGAGCAAAGAAGGGAGGGAGCUAGGGCGCGCCCCGGCUCUCCCUCUACUCUGUCGCCCGCCCUUCCUGCCGCCACAGCCAGUCUUUUGAAGACACCCUGGAGUCCCCUAAGGCCAGCCCGGCGGGCGCACACCUGCCAGCCGACCCUGACCUCGCCGGCCAGGCGGCCGCUGAGCCCUCAAAGAUGGCCCAACCCAAGAGCGACUGUCGCUCACCUGUCGGCCUCGACUGCUGCAACUGCUGCCUGGAUCUGGCCCACCGCAGCGGGCUCCAACGCGACAGUAGCGGGGACAACAACAACCCCGGCAGCCCCACGGUGAGCAACUUUCGCCAGCUGCAGGAGAAGCUGAUCUUUGAGAACCUCAACACUGACAAGCUCAACAGCAUAAUGCGGCAGGAUUCCUUGGAGCCCGUGCUGCGGGACCCCUGCUACCUGAUCAACGAGGGCAUCUGCAACCGCAACAUCGACCAGACCAUGCUCUCCAUCCUGCUCUUCUUCCACAGUGCUUCUGGAGCCAGCGUGGUGGCCAUAGACAACAAGAUCGAGCAGGCCAUGGAUCUGGUGAAGAACCAUCUGAUGUAUGCUGUGAGGGAGGAGGUGGAGAUCCUGAAGGAGCAGAUCCGGGAGCUGGUGGAGAAGAACUCCCAGCUGGAACGUGAGAACAGCCUCCUGAAGACCCUGGCCAGCCCGGAGCAGCUGGAGAAAUUCCAGUCUCGUCUGAGCCCCGAAGAGCCGGCUCCUGAAACCCCACAAGCGCCUGAGGCCCCUGGUGGCUCUGAGGUGUAAGUGGCUCUGUCCUCAGGGUGGGCAGAGCCACUACACUUGUUCUACCUAGUUCUUUCCAGUUUGUUUUUGGCUCCCCAAGCAUCAUCUCACGUGGAGAACUUUACACCUAGCAUAGCUGGUGCCAAGAGAUGUCCCAAGGACAUGGCCACCUUGGUCCACUCCAGUGACAGACCCCUGACAAAGAGCAAGUCUCUGGAGGCUGAGUUGCAUGGGGCCUCAUGAUCUCCCCAAGUCAGUGAGCCUCUAAUGCCACCAACCUCGCCCUGGGGGCUCCUAGGGCCUGGACAACUUAGUUGCAACUGGCAGAGAAUGGUAGAGGGAUAUGCCUAGCCAGUUAGCUCCAGAAAGCAUAAGGGGUCUGUUCUCUCAUUUCCAUGGACAUCUUCAACAGCUUCACCUGACAAUGACUGUUCCUACAAAGAAGCCACUUGUGUUUUUAAGCAGAGGCAACCUCUUUCUUCUCCCCUGCCCUGUGAGGGCAGGGUCCCAGAAGGGAGAGCUUGAGCCAAGUCAGCCUUCUGUCGGUUAAUAUGAUAUAAUGCAUGGCUUUGUGCACAGCCCAGUGUGGGAUUACAGCUUUGGGAUGACCGCUUACAAAGUUCUGUUUGGUUAGCGUUGGCAUAGUGUUUUUUUUUCUAUAUAGCCAUACAUGCGUAUAUAUAUCUAUACCCAUAGGGCUAGAUCUAUAUCUUAGUGUAGUGAUGUAUCCAUACACAUACACCUACGUGUGGAAGGGCCUAAACAGUUUUGGGAGUCUUGACUGGCCCCCUUAUCUUCAGGCUAAUCUUUGACUGUGUUCAUUUACCAAGUUGAUCCAGUUUAUCCUUUAGGUCAAGGGAGGCUAAAAACUACAGGUAGGGCCCAGCCUCUCUGGAUGCAGCCACGGAUGCCUUGCUGCUGUAAACCUUGCCCAUCCCCCCACCCCCACCCCCACCCCACCCCCGAAGACAUGUGAGGUCCUCUUUCUUUGAAUGCCAAACCCGCCAUUCACUGGUGCUGACUACAUAGAAUGGGGUUGAGAGGAGAUCAGCCGGGACUUCUCUGUGUCCUUCGGAAACUUUUUUUUUUCCUCUUUGGUAAUGUUUGUGGAAACCUUUCAAGUAAGCUGAACGAUUGGUUGUUCUGAUGUCUCUUGAGGACAGGGGUUGGAUAAGGGGAAUGGCUUUGACCUGAGGGUGCCUCUGUGAUGCGUUCAGGGAGCUUGUCUAGGGAACUUCUGUAGCAGCAAACACCUCCUCCCACUUUCUGACACCUUAUCCUGAUGUCUGUAUGCAGGAUGGGGAUUUUGUUUUUCAAAUGUAGCUUGAAAUUUCAAUAAAACUACUCAUUUUUUUUUCUAAAA